AUUGAGCAGCGUGACUGAGGGACGGAAAGUUUCAUCUCACAGUCCUGAAAAGAGAGAGAGAGAGAGAGAGAAAGAGAAAGAGAGAGAGUCUCCUACAGAGCAGCUGCAGGUGUGUGUAGUUGUGUUACAGGUGUGAUGGACGUCAUGGUGUGUUUUGCGCUCUUAUUGGUCACUUUGCUGGCCGUUGUCGAUGCUCAGGUGCCUCACUGGGGGGCGUGUCCCGAACCGAGCACUCAGCCUGCCUUCAACCUCAAACGGUUUAUGGGACGCUGGUUCGAGGUGGCUAAGCUCCCAGCACAAUUUGAGAGGGGGAGAUGUAUUGAGACGAACUUCACGCUGACGUCUGAAGGGUCGGCUCUCGUACAGAGCUCUGAGAUCCUAAAAGGUGAAGUGAGAAGCAUUGAAGGAACAGCUGUUGUUGAAGACCAGAAGAACCCGGCUAAACUGGGCAUCAGCUUUUCAUACGUUCUUCCCUACACUCCGUACUGGAUUCUCUCCACGGAUUACGUCAGCUCGGCUGUGGUGUACUCAUGCACGGAUGUUCUCAGGAUCUUCCAUGUGGACUUUGCGUGGAUAUUGGGACGCAGCCGCACUCUGCCUGAGUCCACCAUCCAGCGCGCUAAAGAGAUCUUCAUGGAGAACCGCAUCGACGUGAGCCGCAUGAUCACAAGCUCACAGGAGGACUGCAACAGAGCUGUGUAGAACCAGGCUGUGUUUCAAUCCUUUGUGUAGUGCUCCCUCACACCCUCGCUCAAGUUGCCUUGGCCCUAAUCAUUAGAGCUGUUCUGUUUAUUAUGUAUCUGUAUCUGUAAUGAUGAUUCUAGAACCACACUGAUGAUUUGAUCAUUACGUCUGAACAAAUUCAACUAGUAGAGGAACCACACACACACACACACACACACACACACACACAUACACACACACACACACACAAAAUACUGGCACCUUCUCAUCUCAAUCAUACAUUUGUCAAGCAGAGGUUGGAUUCUAGAACUUCCAUGUUCUAUUAUCUAUAUUUCCAGCACUGUGCUAUCUGAGGAUGCUAGAACCUUUUGCAAAGAAAAUUUUAGAAUUCCCUGGAAUUCACAAUAAAGAUUCUAGAUCUUCCUUUACACUGCAAAUUCUAGAAUCCCCUAACUGCAAUCUGAAUUCUACAACUUUUGCUCUGAGAACUGUCAAAUUGUAGAACUGAGGACGCUGGAAUCAGAUUCUCGAGGAGACUUUAGAAUUCUGUAACUGCAAACUGAAGUGUAGAACUUUUGCACUGAGGACUGCAGAAUUCUAAAACCGUGCUAUCUGAGGAUGCUAGAGCCAGACUCUCAGUAAGGAUUUUAGAACCUCUUGCACUGAAAACUCUAGUUGUCGAGGGUCUAAUUGUAAUCUGAAUUCUGGAAGUGUCGCUAUGAGAAUACUAGAAUUCUAGAACUUUGCUCUCUGACGAAGCUAGAACCAGUAAAAUAUUACAUAAGAUACUUUACACUGAAGACUCCAGAGUUCUGUAAUCGCCACCUGAAUUCUAGUACCAUUCUAUCUCAGGACAUUAGAGCCAGACUCGCAAUAAUGAUUCUAGAACCUGUUCUAGAAUUUGCACUGAGGUUCUAGAACUCUAGAACCAACAUGCACAGGCCAGACACCAUGCUGAGGAAUUAUACAACCUGCGCAGUGAUGAAUCUAGAACUACAAUCGUGAUACUAGAACCUACACAGUGAGAGUCAAAUCUUCAUCUAUACUACAAGCUUUUAGAGGACAUGCAGUGUGUGUAUGCGUGUGUGUGUAUGUUUAUAGUUAAUGGAAUCACGUGAUGCAUGCAGUUUCUAACUCACUGAUCAUGUACGAAAUGAAAAGCACAAAAAUAAAUUCCUCUA